GAGCAGGAGGAACCAGAACCUCUGGAGAUCACUGUGGAGCAAGUGGAGUCAGAACCUCCACACAUCGAAGUAGAUGAGGAGGAACCAGAACCAUCGCAUAUCGAUCUAGAUCAUGGGGAACCAGAAUCUCCUCAGGUCAGCAACCAUCAGGAGGCACCAGAACCAUUUCGUAUCAAAGUAGAAGAGGAGGAACUCUCUACCAGUCAGGUGGACCAUCAGCUCCGUGUGAAGCAGGAGUCCGACGCCAUCAUGGUGACGGUUCUGCAGGACGACGACAGCGACCGCAGCGACUCGGAAACGGACAGCGACGACUCCAUGUCGUCGGGUUCUACCGGGUCUGACGUGUUGGAGACUUUGUUUUCCUGCCUGAUUUGUGGGGAGACCUUUUCGGAGAAUUCCCAACUUAUUGUGCACAUGAGGGUCCACACGGUCCGGAGCCCGACCUCCGACAAACUGCAGCACUGCUGCCCCAUCUGCGACAAACGCUACACCACCCGAGACAGUUUGGUCAUCCACAUACGGAGCCACACGGGCGAGAGGCCGUUCUCCUGCAGGUUCUGUGGAAAGCGCUUCAGCCGCAACGGGAACUGUAAAAUGCACAUGAGGAUCCACACGGGCGAGAGGCCGUAUUCCUGCGAGGUCUGUGGAAAAACCUUCACGUUGAACUCGUACCUGAAAACUCACAUGAAAAUCCACACGGGCUGAGCGCACGUGUUGCUCUGCUGCGGAGCGGACCUCUACAAGAGCCGCAGCUGCAGCUGUGGUGUGCAUGUCGAGCACCGAAACUUUAAAGAACACCCCCCCCCAGGUCCAGAUAGUCGUAGCCGUUUGGGUCUGCCAUGAGUUUCCACGCUCCGUUUGGAAUGACUCUCAGCUACUACCACAUCACAUUUUAGCUCGACUGCUGUCGGUGACUGAGUUGCAGCGGUUUUAAGGGUCUGUGGCGUCCAUCUUGAUUUGGUUUGGGUCCAGAACUUAAAGUUUCAGUGAAUCUUCUUCAUGUUUUGGUAACAAACAAAAACAUUAUCACCCACCGU